AUGAUUAUUGUUGUUUUCGCGCAGGCCUCUUUUAUUUCUGCUGCUUUGAUAUCUGCUGAGAGAUUUUACGCCAUCUAUUGGCCGCUGAAGCACCGAACACUUUCUGCGCGAGCGUACAGGCUUGUUAUUUUGACGGUGUGGUUAUUGGCUAUCCUUGGUUCUAUUUCUACUUUUUUUCUACUAAAAUUCUUAAGCAUAGUGGAUUUGUAUUUUUUGCUGUGUUUAUACGGCUUGUCUAUUGUUCUGACUAUCUGCAGCCUGAACAUCGGUAUUUGGAGAAAGUUUCGGCAAAAAACUGUUCCUCAUCACCAAAACAGAGCCUUGCAAAACAGACGCCUAACGAAGACCUUAUUAUUUGCAUCUCUUAUCGCUUCGGGUUCCUGGAUCCCUACAAUUGUUUAUAACCUGAUGGUCUUUCUUGGGUACAAAAUAACUAACAACAUAUUCCUGGUGACUUUCUUGAUAUUUUUUUUUUUCAACUCCUUAGUCAAUCCAGUGUUGUAUGCACUACGGAUUCCCGACUCUAAACACGCCUUAAGCUUAUUCUUUUUCACCGGGCGCCAAGUAAUAGGAAACAAAGGAAAUAUAGGAACAGACGAGAUGGCUGCCGCUUUGACGCAGGUGACACAGCAAAAAAUGUGGACAAAGGACCACAGUAAUUUGCAGCUUACAUUUGAACAGGUAAUCCUGGAGGAUACAAAACUGUGA